GACAUCAAAGUGGUUGAGGAGUUGAGCUACCCAACUGAACCAUUUUAAAUUCUGUAACCAAACACACCUCAUCUUUCAUCUUCCUUUAAUAAUUAACAACUUUGUUUCCCUUAAAACAUUCAUCUUCAACCGUGUGAAUUUUGCACUAUAGUGUUUCUCCGCCCAGAUCUCUGUUCAUCACUUUUUUCAAUGGCUGGUUUCUUCUCACUUCUCAGGCGCCUCUACCUCUCCCUUUACAACUGGACGGUUUUCUUUGGAUGGUUUCAAGUUCUGUAUCUUGUUUUGAAGACAUUGAAGGAAUCGGGUCAUGAACAUGUUUACAAUGCAGCAGAAAAGCCUUUGCUUUAUGCUCAAACAGCUGCUGUAUUAGAGAUUCUUCAUGGUUUGGUAGGGCUGGUGAGAUCUCCAGUAUCAGCAACAUUGCCACAGAUUGGUUCAAGGCUGUAUCUGACUUGGGGUAUCUUAUGGAGUUUCCCUGAGACUCGGGAUCAUGUACUCGUUAGCUCCCUACUAAUCAGCUGGUCUAUCACAGAGAUCAUUCGCUAUUCUUUCUUUGGCUUUAAAGAGGCUUUUGGAUUUGCCCCAUCAUGGCUUUUGUGGCUUAGAUAUAGCACCUUCUUAGUUAUGUAUCCAACGGGCAUAAGCAGUGAAGUUGGCCUAAUAUACAUUGCCUUGCCAUUCAUUAAGGCAUCUGAGAAGUAUUGCAUAAGGAUGCCCAAUAAAUGGAACUCGUCAUUUGAUUACUUUUAUGCCGCAAUUAUUGCAUUGGGAAUCUACGUUCCAGGUAGUCCUCACAUGUAUAGAUACAUGCUUUCACAGAGGAAGAAAGCCCUCUCCAAAUCGAAGAGGGAGUAGUGCAACAUCUGUAGUUUUCAACGAUUCUAGGCCAAACAUAGGAUAUAUAGACAUGUCAUAUCUUAGUUUGGAUCCACUUAUAGGUAUGCGGGAAACUCUCGCUUUUCUUGUUAAUGUAUCAUUAAAAGACAAAAUGCCAGGGAUAAAUAAACUCUACUUUGUUCUUCAG